UUUUAGCUUUUUAAGUAUGAAAUAUGUAGUCAUCAAAACAUUGACUUUAAGAUUUUAUUCCGCAUUCAAUCUAUCUGUAUAUUGGCUUUUCAUUUUCUACAGCAUACUACAGCUAUUUUGUCAAAAAACAAUUGCUGCAUAUUCUUGUGGAGAUAUCUUUAUAGUUUGCAGGUAUUGCUUUUAAGGUGUUGCUCUGGUGAUGAGGCAGUCCUGGUUUCAUAGGCACCCCCAAUGUGCAGCCAAAUCAAGGAAAAUCAGGGAAGAGACGGAGAGCAGGAGGGAAACGACAAAGCCAUGCAGUCGUGUAACAGUCAUCUCCCCCAGUCCCAGUGGGAUCCGGCACCAAUGGCUGACGAGCCUUCCUGUAAUCAGCUGCAGCGGUGGUAUCGAUUUGGAAGACUUAUAGAUGAUCUAUUGAUGAAAUUUGAGAUUUUUUCUUUCUAGAUCACCAAUAGAAAAUGUAAGGAAAUGGGUCUAUGAAUGUUCAAGUAGAUGAUCAUGUGUGAAGCAUUUGCUUUUCAUAGUAAAAACAGGCAGUAUAUGUGGUCAUUGUUGUCUGCUCUAAAGAAAAGAUAUAGUAAUACAAUCAUUGAUGUCACACCAUUCUUUCUAUGUGAUGUAUAUACCUGAUUCUGCUAGUCCAAAUGACAAUAUUUGAAUACUCAUGUCAAGGGCGCCGAACCCUUGGCUCGCCGGACCGCGGCUACGCAGUUCGUAGCCGUCGGCCGUCUUCUCCGGCGGGGUUAUGCCCCCCUGCCGCAGGCUUAGCAAAACAGAAGAGAGUAGGAAUAGGAUAAUUUCUUGCUUGCUUCAUUCUCUACUGAUUACAUGUAUAUAUGGCCAAUGGCCCAACCAAUAUAAGGAAACUCUCCUUAAUUCUAGGAAUUGCCAAAACUCCUUAAUUCUAGGAAUUGCCAAAACAGCCUGCUAAUCUAUUCCUUGAUUCUAGCCACUAGAAGUUGGUAGGGUCGGAGCGCUUGGGGGGCAGACCAACGGGGUCCGCGAAGAGCCCCCCGAACACAUGCAGCAGCGCGACCAGCAGGGGUCCGGCCUCCGAAGUCGCGCACAACACUGGAACGGACGGGCAGGCCACGCCAGUCCAGGAGAUUGGGCGUCCGUGUCGCUGGAAGGACAUGCGCCGGCUUUCCAGGUCCCAAACGAUGGGUCCCAACGCGCCGAGCCACCGGGUGCCGAGGACGACGUCGUACCCGGCCAGGGGCAUGACGAAGAGGUCGGCUGGGAACGCCUCGCCAUCGAUGAGCAAGGGCGCGUCGUGGAUGAUGCCCUCACAGGUGGCGCGCUCGUCGUUCGCGACCAAGGCGGUGAGGCGUGGGCGUUAGCGAAGAGGAAGACCCGAGCGCCGCGCCACCUCCUCCGAUAUGAAGUUGUGCGUGCUGCCGGAGUCGAGGAGGGCGCCGAAGGCUGCGGCGCCGAGGGCCACGCGGAGCUGCAUGGUGCCCGCCACGGGAACACCAGCCACGGCCUGCAGGGAGAAGCAGGCGCCUCGGCGUCGGGCUCGGCAGCCCCUGCGUCGUCCGCGGCGUCGUCAAUCUCGACGCCGUCCAGGAAGAAGAUGCGCCUGCAAAAGCGAUUGUGGCCACGAGAAUAUUUCUCGUUACAAUUAAAACAGAGGCCGAGACGGCGCCGUUCCGCCCAUCUCCUCUGGAGUGAGGCGGCGAUGAUUGCCGUCGCCACGGGCCGGCUGGGCGGUCGUCGAGGGUGCAGUCAGCGCCAAUGGCUGCUGGGGUGGUGGCAGAGCGGCCCGGGGGCGGGCGCUGGAAGGAGACCCCGCGCGGGCGCCCUGGGAGGAGGUGUUGCCAGCCGAUUAGCCUCCAUCAAUUCCACCUGCCGCGCGAGACUCAUGGCGGCCGCUAGCGACGUCGGGUUGUGGAUGCGGACGUCGUGGGUGAGGGGCGGUAGGAGACCGCCGGUGAAGAGUUGGACCCGCUGUGCUUCGUCCAGGCGACCCGCACGUGGCAGGAGGGCUUGGAACCGAUUGGAGUAUUCCUCCACGGUGCCGGUCCUCCGGCACUCCGCCAACUCGAACAGGGGAGCCGAUCGGAGUGGAGGGCCAAAUCGCAGGUUGAGGAGGUCCUUGAAGUGCCCCCAUGUCGGUGUGCCCUCGUCCUCCUAGAGUUGGACGUACCAGAGCUGCGCGACGUCCUCCAGAUGGUAAGAGGCCAUCCACACCCGCUCCUCGGCCAUGGUGCACUGUUGACGGAAGUACGGAAGUACGAGUCGCACUUGUUGAGGAAGGCCAUCGGAUCAGACUUGCCGUCGUAGCGGGGAAAGUCCAAUUUCUGGAACUUGGGGGGCGAUCAAGAUCGCGCGUACCCUCCAAGCGGCCGCCGCUGUCCGACGAGGAGGCUGACUUUUCCUUCAGGGCGGCCAUGUCCGCCUUCAUGGUAGUCAUCUCGGCUGGCGUCAGCGCGGUAGAGCUGGUGGCAGAAUGGGGCGAGGGUGGUGGGCUAGUGUGGUGGGCGGCUGCUGUGGAGGAUUGAGCGGAGCGACAAGGCGAGGAUCGACGUGACCGUGAUACCAGGUUGUCAAGGGCGCCGAACCCUUGGCUCGCCGGACCGCGGCUACGCGUAGCCGUCGGCCGUCUUCUCCGGCGGGGUUAUGCCCCCCUGCCGCAGGCUUAGCAGAACAGAAGAGAUGAGGAAUAGGAUAAUUUCUUGCUUGCUUCAUUCUCUACUGAUUACAUGUAUAUAUGGCCAAUGGCCCAACCAAUCUAAGGAAACUCUCCUUAAUUCUAGGAAUUGCCAAAACUCCUUAAUUCUAGGAAUUGCCAAAACAGCCUGCUAAUCUAUUCCUUGAUUCUAGCCACUAGAAGUUGCCCCUUCGGGCCCUGGCUCUGCGCGCCCAGCACGCUCAGCCGCGCGGCAUAUGUCGCGGGCGCGCCUGCGCCUGACAUAUGUGCGACCGCACAUGACAACUCAUGUUUAUUUCAUGUUUCUUACGAUUUAUUGCAUCACUCAUUUGGAUAUGAAAUAAACUACACAGGAUGUUUCCAUUUCAUAAACUCCGUAUACCAAUAAUCAGCUCAAGGAGAGCAGCGCCAGUGUCAUGCUCUGUUUCUACUACAAUAAUUCCUUCUUGUCGAUGGUGCUCAUCAAUGCCAUGAAGAAGGAUGGUGUGUUCUGGACAUUUACAUGUAUAACUUUUCCCAUUAUAUAUAUUUGUGAUAAUACUAAGUUGUUGUACUAUGUCACUUAAUGGUGAUGUGUUUUCUCCUGUGAACAAAUAUCCCUAUAAAAUGCCAUCACAUGGGUAUUAGGCCAAUUCAGUACAAUCGAACCAUGCUUUUUUAAAAAUUUUCUACUACAAAAUGCUCUGCUCUGCUGAAGGUUUAUAUCUCAUAUGGAUCAUUUUUAUGCAGCAUUUCCAAUAUUUGGUGAAUUAUUAUUGUUUUUUACUCUCUUAUCACGUGGACUGUGAAAAUAGCACAUUCCAUUCUAGCAUGCCUUUCCAGUCAGCUGGGCCUAAUUGAGCAUGCUUUUGAUGAUUGCCAUUGUAAUAUUUUUGUUUUGCUAUAGAUUUAUUGGUUUUCGUUCAGUUAUGCUUAUCAACCAUAUUAUAGUAUUUGUGGUUCAUUGUCUCUUUAUAACA